AUGCCUCGCCCGGGCAGAAACACUUACAGUGAUCAGAAGCCUCCCUACUCCUACAUCUCGCUGACCGCCAUGGCGAUCCAGAGCUCCCCGGAGAAGAUGCUGCCCCUGAGCGAGAUCUACAAGUUCAUCAUGGACCGCUUCCCCUACUACCGAGAGAACACGCAGCGGUGGCAGAACUCCCUCCGCCACAACCUCUCCUUCAACGACUGCUUCAUCAAGAUCCCCCGCCGCCCAGACCAGCCGGGCAAGGGCAGCUUCUGGGCGCUGCACCCCAGCUGCGGGGACAUGUUCGAGAACGGCAGCUUCCUGCGCCGCCGCAAGCGUUUCAAGGUGGUCAAGUCGGACCAUCUAGCCCCCAGCAAGCCGGCGGACGCGGCGCAGUACCUGCAGCAGCAAGCGAAGCUGCGGCUCAGCGCCCUUGCGGCCACCGGCACCCACCUGCCCCAGAUGUCCACGUACAACCUCGGCGUGUCCCAGCCCUCCAGCUUCAAGCACCCCUUCGCCAUCGAGAACAUCAUCGCCAGAGAGUAUAAGAUGCCCGGGGGCCUCGCCUUUUCCACGAUGCAGCCCAUGCCGGCCGCCUACCCCCUCCCCAAUCAAUUGACUACGGUGGGCAGCUCCAUUGGCACGGGCUGGCCCCACAUGUACAGCUCCGGCAUGAUCGACACCGCCACCCCCAUCUCCAUGGCCAGCAGCGAGUACGGCGCCUACGGCGUGCCCAUCAAACCGCUCUGCCAUGGGGGGCAGACUUUGCCGGCCAUCCCCGUCCCCAUCAAGCCUACCCCUGCCGCGGUGCCAGCCCUGCCCGCCCUGCCCGCGCCCAUCCCCACCAUUCUCUCGAACUCGCCGCCCUCUCUCAGCCCCACGUCCUCGCAGACGGCCACCAGCCAAAGCAGCCCGGCCACCCCCAGCGAGACUCUCACCAGCCCGGCGCCCGCCCUGCACUCCGUGGCCGUACACUGA